AAGCAAGAAUUAACAAAUUCACCAACAGGACUCACAUUGGCAGAGCUGUUGAUCCGCUUUAAGAAGUACGAAAAUGCCAAAAUGUCGUAUUGGAGGAGCGAGGAAAGGAGACGGGUAAGGCCAAAUAAACAAAAUUUAUAGGGCGGGGGGGGGGGGUUAAAAAUGUUUUAUUUGCACCUAUAUAAAAGCAGCCUCAUUCCCAGGGGCAAAUUUAACAUCUCUGUUUAAAUACUUUAUUGGAUAGUGACCAAACAGACCCAAGGCUCUUGAGGAUUUUUAGAAAUCAACAGUUAAUAUACACCCCAAGGCUCAGCUGAGGUGUAUAUCACACCCCAACACUGGUCAACUGCUUAUAAAUGUAACACCAGCUGUGAAUGUUGGUUUAUUUAUAUUUAUAAUUGUUUUAUAAAAUAACAACAACACGAUAGUCUUCCGUGUUUGGAUGGCCUGAUCCAAACACGGCUUUCGACCAAUCAGAGCACGCGUUAUAUACAUGUUAUUUUAUAAAUGACAUUACUAGUAUGUAGUAUUUGUUCAUGCUAAAUAUAUUUAAUUUACUCACUAUAGCUUCUUGGAAUAGCUGGAUACGAGGCUUUACGUUAUGCGUCGACAGUUGUUGUGACAGACAAAGUACUUCAGCUACUUGGGCAAAAACACAGUCAUGGGUGCAAUCGUAUUAAUUUGCACAAAGAAAUAAUUAUUGUAGUAAGUAACAUCACAAAUUAAAACCUGUACGGUACUUGAAUCAAUUUUGCAUUUAGUACUUCGAGAACAUGUGUAAUUUCCUAUCAUUUCAGUACAUUUACUAUACACUUUCAAUAUCAAAAAUAUAUCAAACUUUGCAAAAAUUAAGGGGACCAAACACAGGUGUGCAAUUGUUUAAUUUGCAUGCAUGGUUGUUUAAUCUGGCUAAUGCCAGAUGAUUUUACUGGACGAUGGGAAAGCUCGAUCUGCAGCUUAAUGGGUUAACCAAAAAAUCUGACAAUGUCUCUGGUUAACCCAUUGAACUGCAUUGCACCCCAGUGGGUUAUUUUGUUUUACUUUUCUAAUGCCGCACGAUUUUACUUGUCAAUGGGGAGGCUCUGCAGCUUAAUGAGUUAAACAUUUAAACAUUAAUUGCACACCUGUCACCAAUUAAUGUUUAAUUUGCAUGGCUAAUUUCCACGUCUUUCGAACAUUUUUAGUCAAUCAGCAUCAUGCAAGUAAAUAAUUAUAUACUAAAAUUGAAAUAUAUACCGAAAUUGAAAAUAUGGAAAAUCUUGUUGCACACUCUGACCCAGCCAGAAGUGUAGUCUGCCCUAAACAAGUGAGGAGGUCCAAUCUUCAAAUGCACUUAUCUUUACAUCUUUACAGCGAAACUUCAUCAGAGAGGUCUCACUUGAUGAGGCCAAAAAAUUGAAGGACUUUUGGGCAUCCUUCUAUACCUGGAAGACCACACAGUGGCCCAAUGGAAUAAUGCCAGAAGACUGGCACCAUUUAAGAACCGAGGAUGCAGCGGCAUACGAUGAAGAGUGACUAAAGUCUUUUUAUUUAUAAAUAAUACCUUUGUUUAUACAUUAUAAUU